UCAAGCAAGAUAUGAACUGAAGUAUCCCAGAACCUGAAGCUGAUGAUCUUUGGUUUUAGUGUGAUUACGAUUGUCCAGCAGUUUUCGCGUCGCUGUCACUGUCAAUGAAGUUCCGUGUAGUCACACAGUAAAGAAAAAUAUCCUUUAAAAUGUCUUAUAAACCAGUAACACACGUACUUUUUGAUAUGGACGGGUUAUUAUUAGAUACAGAGAGGUUGUACACUGUCGCAUACCAGGAAGUCUGUGACAGGUUCAAUAAGCAGUAUACCUGGGAAGUGAAGUCCUCUGUGAUGGGCAAGAAAGCUCUGGAGGCUGCCAGGAUCAUAAGAGACAAAAUUGAUCUCCCCAUGACCCCCGAAGAGCUCCUGGAGGAGACCAGACGAAUUCAGGAGCAAUUAUUUCCCACAGCCUCUCUAUUGCCAGGUGUAGAAAAGCUUGUCAAUCAUCUACACAAGCAUGGGAUUCCUAUUGCUGUUGGCACAAGCUCAGCAGGUCUAACCUUCGAGAUGAAGACCAGCUGUCAUAAAGAGUUCUUCAGCCUCUUCAGUCACAUUGUACUUGGAGAUGAUCCUGAAGUAAAGAAUGGCAAGCCACAUCCUGAUAUUUUUGUGGUUUGUGCCAAGAGAUUCUCUCCCCCAGCCAACACUGGACAGUGCCUGGUUUUUGAAGAUGCACCAAAUGGGGUAAAGGCGGGUCUGGCAGCUGGAAUGCAGGUGGUGAUGAUCCCAGAUGAUAACCUGGACCGCAGCCUCACCCAGGAGGCCACCUUGCUGCUUAGAAGCAUGGAAGAGUUCAGACCAGAACUUUUCAGUCUCCCAGCCUACCCAUAAGGACAGUAAUCACCACAAUGAUUUAAAUUCCACUACGCUAUAUCUUGUCAAUUUUUGAAAAAUGGAAUCAGGCUGCAGUGUAGCUCCUGCAAUCAAAAACAGGAGAAACUAAUCUCAACCAUUAUUUCUGUCAGCCAUGGAUUUGCUGUUCAGGGACACAACAGAUUGCUGAUUGUUUCGAUUUUUUUGCUUUUUUUUUUUAGCCAAUCACAACUCUGAAACUCUUUCCUUUGACCACCCGAAUAACACGAGACAAAUUUGAUUAAGCAAUUAGCCUCAGUCAAACCAUUAGGCCAUAUUGACAUUUUGCAUUUCAACCAAUUACAGGGUGUCAUUUUCUUUCUUUCAUUUUUUUCCCUUCCAAAUGCAGAUGUCUUGAAUGUUUGUGUCUCUGUGUAUAAAUCUUUAAUUCAAACUCACAACUUUCCGGUCAUGGUUUAAAUUUACAGUAAGUGGCGGUUUAACAAUCCGGCUCGACCAGCCGCGUUUUCUAUUAGCGUUACCUUUCCUCUUUGCAGAGGUCUAUUAAAAUACCAGAGAUUUUUGAGUUUGAACCAUGUGGCGUAAUCCAAUAAAGGGGAUCUGAGAGCACAGUCGUCUUUCAUCUUCUUCCAGUGUCCGCCCUCACAGAGCUGGAGUUAGCAUGUUCACUCACUUCAGCGCUGUCCAACAUCUCAGAGAGAUCAAGCCUGUCUUCUUUCAGCCUUCCCCUCUGGUAGGAAGAAAAGGGUUUUUGCCAGCAUCCUCUUCCUCCUCCGCAUAUGCCACGUCCUUUCAUCCUUAAAGAUGUGGUAAUCUGGAAAGCUUUUCCUUCUUUAGGACUUUCCACUCCAAGAAGGCCUUUUACAUGUCAUUUCACACCUGAAGGAUCUAAGGCUUAGGGUGUGAGCGUCUGGAGCGUGUAUGCAUAUACCAGUGUUAGAAAUUCACUUUUUUUAUUAAGGAGCAAUAUUAACCCUGGUGGAAUUGAUUUUUAAGGGGCAUUUUUACAAAUGCAUAUUCUUUCAUGUAAAACACUAAG